UCAUGGCAUGUCAGGAGAUAACAUGAAAUCUUUUGGGACUUUAGAUUUCCAUUCUGGAAAAACAACUGAUCCUAUAAAACCAAAUUUAAGGUCUGAGGUAAAGAUAGCACAUGGGAUUAUCAAUGGGGUUAGUUGGGGAAUGAUGAUGCCACUAGGUGUUGUUCUUGCUAGAUUGAGGUAUCUACCAUUACCACAGCUGCUAGCUUUGUGGUUCUAUCUACACAUAUAUUGUCAGAGUAUAGCUUAUGUUCUUGGUAUUGUUGGAGGAGGUUUGGGAUUUUAUCUCAGGAAACAAUCUCCUGGGGGAGUUAAACACACUUGUCAUAGAUAUAUUGGUUCUGCACUUUUAGUCCUUGCAACGUUACAAUUCUUAGCUCAUUGUCUACGGCUGAAAAAGGAACACAUACACAGGGUGUAUUGGAAUAUCUACCAUUGGUGCACUGGUUAUGGUACUAUCCUAUUGGCAAUUGGCAAUUGUUUCAAAGGUUUCCAACUGAUGGAUGAGGGGAUGUGGAAGAGGGUUUACAUUGCUUUUCUUGCUUCCUUGGCCUUUGUUGCUUUUGGUCUUGAAGUUUUGAGAUGGUACCUGAUGAGGGCCACAAAAGAAACAAGUUCUGCAAAUGGUGAUAUAGAAGAUAAGGCGUAGAGUUGUAGCUGGCUGGUUAUUCCACCCUCUAGAGAUUAGACUAGAUGUACUAUAGUUAUUGAUUGAAGAACGGUAUAAAAGAUUAAAGCGCAUGCUGUGAAGAAGAAUGAUACUACAAGGAAUCUGCAGUACUAUAAAACAGGCGUACUCAAUCGAGGAAACAUGGUACUCAAACUACCGAAAAGUGUCCAGAAUAAACGAGUUCUCAGCUUGAUUGUAUGUCUACUCUUUAUUUCUGCUCUGUACUUGGUUUUGUAUCGACAAUACGGAGAAAAAUCUGGUUCAUCAUCAGGGAUAUUGAAACAAAAGUGGGAUAGCUUUAGUUCUGUUGUUAACUUGGCCCCUACAGUAGAGUUCAGGAAUGGAACAGAUAUAAUAUGGCAAAUCCCCGAUUCGUCUAAGGCAAUUGUUUUUCUUGCUCAUGGUUGUGAUGGUAGAGCAGCGAACUUUUGGGAUAAGUCAUCAAAGUGUGCACAUUGUGUUGGUUUACCUGAAGAGAGGCUUAUUACUCUUAAUGCUUUAGCUAGGAAAUUUGCAGUUAUCGCGGUAUCAAGUGCUGGAACAUGCUGGUCGUUUAAAGAGGAAAGAGUUGUUGUCAAAGAUGUUAUUGAGUGGUGGAUCGCGAAAAAGAAGUUGCAGAGUUUGCCUCUUGUAGCUUUGGGUGCUUCGUCUGGUGGAUACUUUGUUUUGAUUCUUGCAACUGAUGUAAGAUUUAGUAGCAUCGUGGUAAUGAUUAUCGAAGGAUUGUAUGAUCAAAUGGAGAUUACGGGGAGUUACCCGCCUACCCUUUUCGUGCACAUGCCAAAAGAUAAAAGCAGGAUGCAGAAACUAGAACGAUACAUGAUACUCCUUAAGGCGAAAGGCGUUGAUGUCGCUGAGGUUAAAUGCUGGGAGUUUCCUUUGUCGCCUAAUCUGUUUGCUGAUAGGAUUCCGAGUAUUGAUGUUGCUACCUCGGUGAAGUUGUUUAGUCUGUUCAAGGAAAAGGGAUUCAUCGAUGAGAACGGUUUCAUGACAAUUGAUGGGCGCGAUAUACAUUGGACCGAGACUCUCCAAGAGAAAGAGAUUAUCCUCCCAGAUAAGUCCUUAGUCAAUCAAAUUCAAGAGGAAAUGAAUCUUGCAUUUGCUUUUCAUGAAAUGACCAGCUUGCAAUCUGACCAAAUCUUCAACUGGUUCGAGACUCAUUUAAGGGACUAGUAACUUAGGUUGCAGGUUCGAGCCUUGUGCCGUGUGAACUAAGCUCGGUGUCUACGUGGAGAAGGGCAGGUCCAUUAUCCUCGAGUUUUGAAGACUGCGGUUAGUUCUAACCGGUGGCUCCGGAUGGAUUUCUCUGUCUUAACCCAUAUAAUGUUGUGAACCAAAGGUCUAAUGCUGUACAAGUCUUUCUUUGAAAAGGUAACAAUGUGAUCACAUCAAAUCAGUUGUUACAUAAAAUGGUGCUUUACAUCGUUACAUAAUGAUGGAAUUACUAGGUAUGCAUUCAAACAGCUUAGAAUGCAAGAAGUAGAUAAGGCAUUUCACACAGGUAACACAUCAAAGUAAUAUUUUAUUUUUACAAA